CCUCAACCUCGCUAUUGUGUGAAUUCCAUAUGUACAGUACAUGAAUAGUCAAAAAUUUUAAAUAUUCUUUGUAUUCUUAAAUUUAUUAUUAAGUGAAAAUUAUAGUUUUCAGUGGGAAAAAAACCCAUUGAUACUAGCAAGAUUCAAAACACUUCCUGAUUAUGAAACUGGCAUUUCCCAACAGCUAUCAGCUAUUCUACAAAUGAUAGAAAUGCUGAAUGUUUUAAGUGAUUAUACAAUUUUCAGCUUUAAUUUUCUUGUUUAAUUUUCAGUAAUGCACUUUGACGUGUGUCAGCAGGGAUGGGAGAGUCGGCAGAAAAAUGCAUGACUCCCAAGUUGGUUUUUUUUAAUCAACUGACACUCCAUUCCUUUAUGUCAGUCAUUGGGGAUGCAUUAUAUCCUCAGAGUUUGAUCAAAAUCAGUGAUCCUGAUAUUAUGCCAUCACCUCAUAACUGCUAAUAUGGUACAUUUUCAGUUAUAUUAUUGUUUAUAAGCAUUGGCAAAUGAAGAAAAUUUUGCUUUUGUGGCAGUGAUCUGGAACCUAACCUGCCAUGUUAGUAAGGUAUACCAUUAUUAUUUAAUAAUGUAAUUUGUUCUGGAUAAAUUGUUUAGAGAGAGAGGAUUUUUUUCAUUCUAUGAUUGCCCUAUUUUAAAUAUAUAAUUUGAGAUUUGAGUAUAUGUGAAUUUAUCUUUGUAUGUAUAGUUAAUGGCAUAUAUUAUGUUAUUUAUGAACUUAAAUUUUAUUUGUAGUUAAUGGAAGAUAAUAAAACACUUGGUGAAUAUGGAUUAAACAGUGCAAAUGCAAAAGCUCAGGACCCUGCUACAGUUGGAUUAGCUUAUAAAGAUUUAGAAACAGGAAAAUUUGAAGUUUUAGAAAUGACACCACUGUCUACACCACCAGAAUUGCCUGAAGUCAUGAAACCUGAUGCUCCAAGCCACGAACAACUUGUUGCCUAAGUAGUCCUGCCAUAUUGCACUGUGAAGCUUCUUUUCAUGAAAGAUAUUUCCUAGAAAACAAUCCAA